AGUACGCGAGGCCUUGGUGGAGUGAGGGAGGGUAAAGCUGUGAGUGGAGUGGAGAGUGUGCAAGUCCAGGCGUUUCAGUGGUGCAAUUUCUUGCGAUGGUGUGUUAAUACUGAUCGGGGAACAUAUGUGAUGCUGUGAAGCCCUUUGUAAACUUGAUGGAAAGAGAGAACGCCGUCGCAACAUGGCUGCGACUCAGGCUCAAACUGACGGUCCACCACAAAUCCACGCAAAUUCAAACAAUGUAAGCGAAAAAGAAGCUGCUGUGGCAGCGUUCACGAAUGGUAGUGAUGAUUCUGGGAUGGGCUCAUCGUCGAAUGAGAGCUUCACACCCGGUAAAUCGAUCACGCCCCCUUCAAACCCAAUCUCCACAGUUCCUCUGCCUGGAAUGGUGGGCCAGCGUCCGCCCUUCAUGUCUGCGGGCUACCCGGCGCUGGUGCAGCACCACCCCGGCUACGGACCGGCGCCGCACCACUACCCGAUGGCGGCUGCCGGCCGGCCCAACCACCUCUACCCACCGCAGGCGUACGGACCGGCGCGGGGCUAUCCAGGCGCCCAGUGGGACCCGCAGCACCAUCCGCAGCAGCAUCCGCAGCAGCACCAGCACCCGCAGCAGCCGCCGCCGACGGCGCCCCAGCAGGCGGCGCCGCCCGGCCAGCAGUCCCCGCAGCAGCCGCCGCCCUCAUCGACGCCGUCCCAGCCGUCACCGGCGGGCGGGUACCCGUCGGCGCCCGGCCGGCCCCAGCAGCCGCCGACACCCACCCGGCCGGCGUCCGUCAGCUCGGAGGUGGGCGUCGGCGACUCUGCGGGUAGCGACUGCGCGCCGGGCGCCGGGAGCCAGGGGCCACGGCCGCCGCCGUCCCCCACCAGCUCGGCAGGCUCGCGCUCCAUGUCACCGGCUGUAGGUCAGCAGAACAUUCCGAUGCCGCCGCGGCCGCCCAGCUCUCAGGAGUCGGCCGGCGGUCAGCGGCUGGCGCACUCGCCGCACGCGUACCCGCCCCAGGCGGGACCCCCGCCGGGCGCCGCCGCCGCCGCCGCCGCGCCGCCCGGCCUCGGCCACAAGCCCGGCUACCCGGUGCCGCACCCUCAGUACGGCCAGCCGGGCGGCUACCCGGCCCAGUACAACAGCCACGUCAUGUACGGCCAGUACGGGCGGCCGGGCGCGCCUGGCCAGCCGCCGCCCGGCCCGCCCGGACACUACCCCUACCAGGGGCAGUACCCGCAGCAGCACUGGGCAACCGGCGGCCACCCGCGACCCGGUCCCGGCGGCAAACCGCUGCACAUGCCGGGCGGCGGCGGUCCGCCGGGCUCCGCGCCGCCGGCGCCGCACUACCUGCGCCACCACCUGCAGCAGAAGAUGGCGUACGGCGCCAACGGGCCGAGCAGCGGGCCCAACGGACCGAGCGCCGGACCGCCGCCCGCCGCGGCCGCCGCCAGCCAGGCCUCGUCAAUGCCGCCUCCUUCGAGCGGUCCUCCGCCGCUGGCGCCGCCGCCCCGGCCGGCCUCUCAGUGCAGCGACGGCUCGCAGCACUCCCAGCCGGCGUCCGGCGGUCCACCCGAGCUCUCCGGACCGUACAACAACCACGGCCCGCUGCCGCCCAUCGGACCCGACGGCGUGCCCAUCGACGAUGCGUCGCAGCACAGCACGCUCUCAAACACCUCGGCCAAUUCUGAGGACCGCGCCCGCUCGCCGAAGCCGCGUGUCAAGGAGAACGCCGGCAGCAGUCACCCGCCGACGCCCAUCUCGGGCAUGGCCUCACCGGGCGCCGCCAGCAUGACGUCGGCGCACGAUGAGGCGGAGAACAACGUGGCUAGUCCCGGCGGGCCGGCCUGGCCGCGCUCGCCCGUCUCGGUCUAUAACCCAAUGCCUUCAAGAGAUGCUUACCCAGUAUCCAAGAACUCCCGCUCCGUGCGCCAGCAGAAGGCAGAGAGCCUGAACCGUCUGUUUGAGAUUGACGACGCGCCCGGCCGGCGCGAGUGGGUCAGCCGCUUGCUGGCCUUCAUGGAGGAGCGUGGCUCGCCCAUCCUGCAGUGCCCGACCGUCUCCAAACAGCCGCUCGACCUGUUCAAGCUCUAUCAGUUCACCAAAGAGCGCGGCGGGUUCGUCGAGGUGACCAAGAACAAGACGUGGAAGGAGAUCGCUGUGCUGAUGGGAAUCGGAGGCAGCUCCAGCGGCGCCUACACGCUGCGGAAACACUACAUGAAGAACCUCAUCUUCUUCGAGUGCCACUUCGACCGCGGCGGGCUCGACCCGGCGCCUAUCCUCGCCAAGUACGAGACCAAGAGCAACAAGAAGAAGGGCGCCGCCUCGCCCGGUCCCCAGGACUCAUUUUCUAACUCUGGCUCGAUGGACGGCUUCCCGUCUGGCUACCCUGGCUACCCGGGCGGCGGCGACUACAGUAACGGUCCUUCCGGCCAGCCGCCACCACAAGGUGCCUCCGACCGGGUCAGUGUGUCGAACCCGUUCGAGGAUGGUCACUACGAUAGUGCGUACGGCUCUGGCUACCCGGCUGGUUACAACAGCUACCCGGGCCACGGCUACCCACCGCAGCCGGGUUACGGUCACUACCCGCCGACCAGCGGCGCGCCAGGUCAGGAGUACCCGCCGCCGCCACCGGGACCUCCGGGGGCCGGGCCGCCGCCGCCGCCCCAGCAGCAGCCGCCCGGGCCGCCCCAGCAGCCGCCCUACAUGCAGUACCCCAACAGGAGCUACCCGCAGCCGCCGACCUCUGCGGGCCAGCAGCCGGGCGGCGAGCACCACCGGUACCAGACCGGCCCGCCGCCGGGCCCGGCCACCUACGGGCCGCGCCACAUGUACCCGGGCCACCAGCCGGCGCCGCCGCCCGCCUCUGUGGGCAGCCCGGCGGCCACCCCUCCGCCCGUGUACAGCAGCGCCGGGCCCACCGGACCGCCGCCGCCGCCGCCGCCGCCGGUCGGCUCGGCCCCGCCGGCCAGCGCGCCGCCCGGCUCCGGUCCUGGCCCGACGCCGGCGACCGGUCCCGGCGGGGAGCCGUACCCGGCCAGCACGGCCUCCCAGUACCCGAUGGCGUCUGGCGUUAACUUCAGCUCGCAUCUAGCCAAGCAGCUUUCCGCUCCCCUCAACCCCCGCAGCAGCCCCAUGACGCAAAUGUCGCCGUCCAAGCCUGACUAUGCUCCGGCGCCGACGCUGGCCAAGCAGCUGGCGGCGCCACCCCUGGUACCGCCCCAGGGGCCCGGCGGGCCGACCCCUAUGGGCCACCCGCCGCUCAGACACCCCAUUCCGUACGGCUCGGGUCAGCACGGCGCCGCGCCCGGUAUGCCCGCGUACCGGCCCGGUGCGCCGCCGAGUAUGGCCAGCGCGCCCGGCCAGCCGGGUCAGCGGCGACCGGACGGCGCGCCGCCGCCUCCGCCCGGCGCCGGCCCGGCCGCCGCGCCGCCCUACAACCAGCACCAGCAGUACGGCGGCUGGCGGGGCGGCUCUUACGGCCAGUACGGCCCGCCGCCGGCGCCGGGGUGGAACGGCAACUCACCGGCGGCCGCCGCCAUGGCGCAGCCGAGGAUGCCCAUGAGACCGCCGUACGGAAAGGACUCCAAGCCGUAUCCUCCCGGCAAGCCGGGGAUGGCUCUGGGCAGCAUGUCGAAGCACAACUUCCCGCCGGACAGUGUGGAGGCCACGCUGCCCGUGAUGGCCAAGCGGCGCCGCGGCACACGCGCCGACGUCUGUCCCGUGGACGGCUGGCGGCUGACGAUGGCACUGCGCUCCGGCCAACUGGCCGAGAGCCGCUGGGCGCUGGACGUGCUGCAGAUCCUGUCGUUUGACGACACGUCCGUCUCGUGGCUGGGCCUGGCGCACAUGCCCGGCCUGCUGGCGGCGCUGCUGGAGCACUACCGGCAGACGCUGGCGGCCAUGUUCGCGCGGCGCGCCACGCCCGUCUCGGUGGGCUGGUACGAGGGUGGCGUCGCCGGCGCGCCGCUGCCGCCCGAGGAAGAGCCCGACCUGGGCGUGUGCGGCGCCGCCGACCCCGACGACCGUACCGCCGUGCUCAGCGGACCCGACUUCACCCGCACCACCCGGCGCGGCCUGCCCGUGACCUUCGACCCGUGUGACGACACCAUCCUGGUCUCGGACCGCAGGAGAUCCUGGGAGGUGGACGUCCUCAGCGCCGACUGCGCCUGGGGUCACAUCGAGACGCAUAUCAGGGUGGAAACGGGCCGGCUGCCUCUAAUCCGUCGACUGCGCGACGGCAAGAUCGCGGAGGAUCCGGCGCCGCAGCCGGCGGAAAAGGCGGAGUCGAAUGAAGCCAACUCGGAGUCAAAGAAGUCGGAACCGGAGUCGACGCCAGACCGGCCAGUGGUCAAAACUGAGCCAGUCGAAAAGGCGGAGGCUGACGGCGACUCGAAGUCGGAAGCCGACACCAAGGACUCAAAGGCAGCGCUCGUGAACGGCGAGGUGAUACCGGGCUUCUCCGCGUUAGACUUUUUCCUGUCGCGUCUGCGCAAGGAGGCGAAAUCAACAGCGGCACGCAAAGCCGCGGCGGCGAACUGUGAUGAAACGUCGAGCGCGACGUGUGAAAACGGGGACGGUGGCGACGCGGUCGCAGUGAAAGCCGAACCGAUGGACGCGACGCCCGACGUCAAACCGCCGCUGGUCAACGGCGACGCGUCCCCGAGCGAGCGCGGCGAGCAGCCGGAGACGGCGGAGUCCAAAUCUUCCGCUGCGGAGUCAGAAGAGGCGACGUCAGCGCCGCCGCCACAGCUCGAGAUUCGAGACCCGGACGGCACGCUGAAGCGAAAGCGGCCCGACGAUGAGGAAGCCGAGUGCUACCAGCGCGACGAGUCGUCACUCUACCUGACGUCCACCACGCAGGAGAACAUCGCGCAACGGUGUAUAGCCAUCAGCACCAUCUUGCGCAACCUGUCGUUCGUGCCGGGCAACGAGGCCGAGCUGGCGACGGAGUCGCUGCUGCUGCUGCUCGGCGACCUGCUGCAGCUGCAUCACCGACAUCCAGCGCGCGCGGCGAAACACAAAAAUUACGACCGCGACGAGGAUGCCGACUUCCCGGAGGCGUGCACGGCGCUCAACAGCGACGAGUGGUGGUCCGAGUACCUGCCGCUGCUGCAUGAGAACGCGCUGGUGACGCUGUGCAACGUGUCCGGCCAGCUGCACCUGGGCGGCCACGAGGAGGCGGUGGUGCGACCGCUGCUGGAUGGCCUCCUCCACUGGCUCCAGUGUCCCAGCUCGUAUGCGGCCGACCCGUUCGCCUCGUGCGCCGGCUCGCCGUCUCUGCUCACCUCGCCGCAGCGUCUGGCGCUGGAGGCGCUCUGUCGGCUCUGCGUGCACCCGGAGAACGUCGACCUGAUGCUGGCGACGCCGCCGCUGUCGCGGCUGGAGCGCAUCUGCGAGCUGAUGGCGCAGUGGGUCGGCCGCGCCGAGGACCAGGUAAAGCGCGAGAUGACGCUCAACCUGCUCUACUACUUCACGGCCGCCGACGAGCGCGUGGCGCGCCUGGUGGCCAUGCAGAGCAACUUCGUGCCGACGCUGGUGCGCUUCGUGGAGACGGCCGAGCACAACGCCAUGAACGUGGCCAGCACACAGGGUGUGAACGCGCUGCGCGAUAACCCCGAUCUGAUGGGCACCAGCCUGGACAUGCUGGGCCGCGCGGCCAACGUCCUGCUGAGCCUGGCGCGCGUGCCCGCCAACCGGCAGGUGCUGGUGGCGCGCGAGCCGCAGCUGCUGGCGCUGGUCAUGUCGCAGAUUCUCGACCAGCGCGUCGCCUCUGUGCUCUCUCAAGUACUGUUCAAAAUCUCUCGGCCGUCGCCGUCCGAGGCGGCCGCGUAGCGCGCGGGGACCCAGCGGCAGCCGCGGCCGCCCGCCGACGGCACAUGUGAUGUAUGAGUGGCCGCGACCUGUCCCUGACUGUGUGCAUGCGUGUGCGUGUCUGUUUGUUUUGUAAAUAAGCGACUCGAUAGUGCUAUUUUAACUGUACAGAGACGGCAAUCUGUAAGCGGUUUGACCUUCCGGUCACGUGGUCAUGGCUAUCGUAAUUCAUUUAUACAGUUCGUUAUAACCAUCAUUUACAUGUCCAGAGAACGCUUCGUGGAUGUGAGCUGUCGGUUUCAUGAAUAAAUGUAUAUCAGUUUA